GAACAAACCGCGAAACGAUGACAGAAAGUUUUGAAGUGGGCAAGACGACGCACAACCUCGGUAUCGCGAACUGGUAGUCACCGGACUUCCGGCAAUCGUCUGCCGAUAAUAAUUUGCGAGAGGUGCGGAAAAACGCGAACGGAACGUACCCAUCGCGGUUGAGAGAAAAUGCGAUGAGGUGUAUCGCGACGUUGCUGGUAUUAUCAGUUUGCUAGCACGCAGGAAAAGAGAUUGCGAAAGAAAGAGAGAGAAAGAGAGAGAGAGAGAGAGAGAGAGAAAAAGAAGCGCAUGCCGCGGUUACGAACGUGCUGAUGCGAUGCAAACUCAGUGCUUCUCACUUCGCGUCGUGAAGUAACGGAUGGACGAAAGAAACACAAGGUUGUUCCCUGCGCGUUCCUUGACGCGUACUCAGUGAGCGUAAAGUCGCGGUGACGCAAACGUCCGUAAAGGAUAUCCCGUCAUUCGCAAUUAAAUACGAACGAGAAGUGAAUCGUUUACACCGGCGGCAGGAUGACGAGGAAGCUCAGCAAGUUCCUGAUACUUUUCGACAACACGAAUUUACUGUAUUUCCCCGGACAUUUUUUGUCCGGCCGAGUUCUCAUAGAACUGGACGAUGAAGCUUACGUCUCCGGACUGCAUUUCCAUGUUGUGGGAGAAGGUGUAGUUCGGGUACGCAGCCAACGUGCCGAGAGGGUUUACGACAAAGAGAAUUACAUCGAUUUUCGCAUGCGGCUGCUGGGCGAACCAGGCGAAGGACCGUCACUGCUGUCACCGGGAAUACACAGUUUUCCGUUCAAAUUGGGUUUGCCGUUGGGUCUGCCCUCUACUUUCCUCGGUAAGCACGGAUGGGUGCAGUAUUAUUGCAAAGCGGCUUUACGCGAGCCGGGUGGACUUACGCACAAAAACCAACAGGUUUUCAUCGUCAUGAAUCCGAUCGACUUGAACCUGGAGCCUCCGAUAUUGGCGCAACCCGCAAGACAAGAGAUCGAACAGCGCGUGGGUGUCUCUUGCGUAUCGGGCGGUCCCGUGUUCUGCAGGGUGAGCUUGGACCGAGGUGGAUACGUUCCCGGGGAAACAAUCGGUAUUUCCGCGACUGUCAGCAAUCGCAGUAAGGUGACGAUGAAAUCGACGAAAGCAUCGCUCACCGAGACGAUACAGUAUUUGUGUCGGGGUAAGGUGCUCGCCAGCGAGACUCGGGAGCUGGCUAGUGUCUCCAGGGGAAAAAUUCGGCCUGGUGAGGGGGAGGAAUGGCUGAACGAGCAAAUGUACGUUCCCCCAUUGCCACCGACGAAUCUGAGAGGGUGUCACUUGAUCAACGUUCUUUAUCACGUUUAUUUCGUUAUAAGCCCAAAGAGUCUGGACAAAGAAAUCAAGCUGCAGAUACCAAUCGUAUUGGCUACGUAUCCGUUGAGACCGGAAGGCGUUCCGGCUGGUACAGCGCCGUCCAAACGAGGUGCUCAUUAUCCAUCGACGCUACCGAUUUUCCGACCUUGGCUGGACGACAAAGCUUUCGAGAUACAGGAAUAAGAACUGACGCGCAUUUCUAUACAUGUUGCGUAUAUAUCAUAAAUAGUACCUUAAUAAACAAACAGGUGCUACUUUUUUGAGAUUUAUAUACCGUGUGUGCUCACUACGUGCGUGCAAUCACUCUCGUCUAAAAAUCUUCGUCGAUUCCGAUAUUGCUAGUCACAGCAAAACUCUUGUGCAAAAAUUUCAAUCGGAUCGAUGACGAUUUUUGGGGAAAAAAAAUAUCAGAUUUGGUGCAAUUAUACAUGUAAGUGAUGAAACAUUUUAAUGUAUGUUACAUUUUAUGAAUAUGUAUAUCUAUAAUGACAAAAUGCGCGCGCUAAUCGCGUCGAUGAUCUUUAUAAAAGAAAACACAUGUAUAAAUUGUAUAAUAUUGUAUAAAAUAAUUGACA